UCUUAGAAAGGCUUCUGAUCGGGCGAAGCUAUCCCAACAGGUAGUGGCUAUGGAAAGGUAGCACUAGAUUGAAAAUCUCAGAUGUUGUGCUCAUCACAAGGGUCUCGAAUAUGUGAUGGUUACCUUUGGCACCCAUAAAAAGUACUUCCUGAGUUCAAAAUGCGUCUAUUAAUGCACUUGUUCUCGAGUAAUUAGACUCUGCAACCGUUUCGUAAGUGAAAUAAGUCAUUUUUAAAAAUUGCUCUACCUUCGGCAGAGCCGUCAUUCGAAUCGAAUCAGCCGGAGUUCGAGAAAGUGGAACUCCAAACAUUAGAUUUGCCAAAUUCCAACACCAAAAUGUUCGAGCUGCAACAUAUUACCACCCGGAUCAGCACACUUUUGCGCAAGACCUUCCACCUGCCCGGCAAUUAUGACACGUACUCCAUCUGGACCUUUUGCCCGGUGACCAACUGGAACCAGCUUAAGCCCGUGCUCCAAUCCUGCAGCCUGUGCCGCGUCGAGUCGUUCCCCAUUGUCUUUUGGCUGGUGGUGCUCCUCAGUGUCUUUGGAGCGUGUUUCAAUUGCUAUGAGCUGAUGAAAGUGUGGUCCUCUCCCUGCAGCCAGUUGGCCAUGUGGCGCCAGCGGCACUUCCAUGUCCUGAAACACUGGGCGCUGCGAAAGGCCCGACUUCUGAGCUUGGCCAUAAUCCUGAUGGCGUGGAUAAUGUUGAUUUACGGAAUCCUAACGAUCUCCCCCCACGCCAUGUUGCCGUGGAUCCUGGUGACCAGCUUCGUCCUAUCGAUGGAGUGCUUCCUGUGGUCCUUCGACGUGAUGACCGGCCGACUGCCGCUCGACCCGCAGACGCUGCUGUCACUGGUUUUGCAUGCGAUCUUCGUCGCGAUGGUGUGCUGCGUGAAGAGCGUGUUCGAGGUGGCGCUCGGCGCGCACGUCGAGCACUCGCUGCGGAUCAUUUGAGGACGGGACGCCGCCGAAUGUCAUCAUUAAGUAAAGGUGCAGGGCCGGCAUAAUUGCAUCUCAACCUGCAUUAAGCCCAAUUAGGUUGCCGGCGGCACGCACACCAUCUCGCCCUAAUCAGUGUUCGUGUUGCUCCUUACUUCUCCGUUGCCCCUAUAAAUACCCUAUCCCCUAUCUACCCGGCAGAAAAAAAAAGAAAAAAAAUCAUUGAAGUGCACUCAUACCUUUAUAUGUUUUAUAGUUUCCCAUAAGUGUAACAUUCGAAACAAAUCGAAAUUAUUAGACAAUUAAUUAAACAACUUGA